AUGGUGAUACACAACGAUCUGGUAUGUGCAAAGGCGGCUCUGCUGGUGACGAUGCAUCUCCUGCUGUCUUUGCUUUCAUCUUUGGAAGAGCCUGAUGAGAUCCAGCAUUGCACCUUCUACAGUGCACCGUUUGAGGCACCUAACCAGCAUCCCAUUCUUCCCAUUGAGGCUCCACUGAAACACAAGGCUAAUAGCAUGAAGACGACCAAGUGA